AUGUCUGUCACUAAAGUAACCAAAGUCAACCUCUCCAUAAAAGAGAAACUGGACUUCCUCCCAGCCGUGGCUUCCAUCGUGGUUGCCUAUGUCUAUGCUCUCUUGACGGGCCUUCGACGCACCGAACGCCAAGCCAAAUCUUUGUCCCUGCAUUUGGGAUAUGCACUGUUCCGCAAGGCGAGCUCGCGGCUGACCGCCACUCAGAUGCAGUACAUCCUACCGCCAUCCCACAAGAUCUAUGAGCAACACUCCAAGGAGACCGGUGGGCUACCCGAGUCCGUAGACUUGGGCGACGGAGCAUUAGGCCACUGGAUGGGUGAUUCGAAUGCUGACAAUGUGGUAGUCUGGAUCCACGGAGGUGGCUUCGGACUCCCCGCCAACAUGGGUUAUUUCAAAUUCUACGCGCAGCUCAUUCACGACCUUGAAGCAUUAGGCAAAAGCGUCGCUGUCUUCAGUCUGACCUAUACGCUGGCGCCAAUCGCAGUCUACCCGACUCAACUCCGACAGGCCGUGAAUUGCCUACGAUACAUUCUUUCGCAACCAAACCGCGACCCGUCCACGAUUUUCCUGGGCGGCGACUCCGCAGGCGGCAACCUGGUUGGUGGAGUUCUCUCUCAUCUGGCCCACCCACACGCAGAGAUCGAUCCCCUGCCUUUUCGCGGAAACCUCGGCGGCGCAGUGAUGAUUGCACCGUGGACCCUUCUCGAGAAGGAAUUCCCGGAAAUGGAGGUCUAUAGCGAUGGCGAUAUCAUUACGAUGGCGGUUGCGGGACCGUGGGUGACAGCCUAUAUUGGUGCUGGCAAGCGUGACUAUUACACGGAUUUAUCGACUGCGCCGGCAGAUUGGUUUACGGCGUUCCCGGUGAACUCGGUAUUGAUUACCGCAGGCGGGAAUGAGAUCAUGUUGCCUCUGAUUCAAGACUUCGCGGCAAAGUUCAAGGAGGGCUUUGAGAAUGUUGAAUUGUUUGUUGGGUAUCGUGAGUGUCAUGUUGCACCGAUUUAUCACUUAGAGCUGGGCGAUGUUACAAAGACGGAGCAGGGGAAGAAGGUUGAGGCGGUUUUGGCCGAGUUAAUGGUGUGA